UUGCGUGAAGUGGUAUAUCUACACAGACUUUCAUGCUGGACUAAAUUAGCAGAAAUAUUACACUGUUAUGCAAUUGCUUUUAAAGGUUAAAAUAGCACAUUGUGCCGUAUUGUACCAAAUAUUAAAUUCUUGGACCAUGUUACUUAUAAAAAAAAUAUAUAUUAUGGAAGCCGCUUCUUUCAAGCUAGACAGUUAAGUGUAUUAAUUAAGUUAUUGAUGAAUUAAUUAGCCGAGGCUUUCUAUUAAAGAGGCGGCCCGUCUUUAGUUUAGACACUCUGGUGAAGGUUCACAGAAAACGUCCCGCAGAUGUGAACCUACAAGCUCUUCUCUAAAACUUCAGGCACAUCGAAGCCAUGCCGUGUGUGACAGUAAUGACUGCAGGGCAAUAAAGCACAAUUAUGUGAAGUGUACAUAAGCUGCGGAGAGGACCAGGAUGAUCGUGUUUGGCUUUGACUUUGCUUAGCAGCCAGCGCAGCAUUAUCUGAAGAGGCUUCUGAAUCUGAACUGUUCGUGGAUCGAUACCUACAGCGUCAUAAUAGAGAUAGAUGUGAAAAAAAAAUAAAUUGAGGUUUGUAUUGUUGUCUGAAAGUAAUGCAACCAAAGACCUGCUGGCUGUGUCAUCUAUUUACUUUUUAUUUCUCGAUAUUAAUGGUGCAGUCAGAUUGUUCUGGUAGGUCCAGGAAAGGCUGCGGCUGCAUUUGGUCUCAUAUCAACGUAGAGUUCGCCCGAAUAUUCCUGUUGUGGUUUGGGAUUGUCUUUUACGCCUUAUUUGGGGCUGCUGUCUUCUCGGCCCUCGAGAGACCUUCGGAACUGGAGGCUCACUGCAGAUGGAACAGACAGCUGGCCGAAUUUGUUCAGGAUCACCGGGUUCCCUCGGAGGACUUGCGUGAGCUGCUGGGACAUUAUGAGGAGGCCGUUGCCGCCGGGAUUCGGAUGGAAGCACGGAGACCUCGAUGGGACUUCUCAGGAGCUUUUUACUUUGUGGCAACCGUAGCCAGCACUAUUGGUUUCGGGAUGGCAGCACCUGCUACACUCAAUGGAAAAAUCUUCCUUAUCUUCUAUGGGCUGAUAGGCUGCGCAGCCACCAUCCUGUUCUUCAACCUCUUUCUGGAGCGCAUGAUAACGCUGAUUACAUUCCUCACAAACAGAUGUCGAAAGCAAAAACAAAAAACUAAGCCGAGUAAAAGACGCAUUGUCUCCAAUUUGAACACACAACUGGAACACGGAGAUGAGCGGGAGGGCUGGAAACCUUCUGUUUACUACGUAACCCUCAUUUUGGCCACGGUUGCGAUUCUGGUGAACUGCGGAGCAUCGGGUCUGUACUCGGCCAUGGAGGAUUGGAGCUAUCUAGAGUCCAUGUACUUCUGCUUCGUGGCUUUCAGCACCAUGGGUUUCGGGGACAUGGUGAGCGGACAGAAGGCCCACUAUGAAACGCGCUGGGCCUACCAGGUAGCCAACUCUUUAAUGAUCAUCCUCGGGGUGAGCUGCACCUACUCUCUUUUCAGUGUCACCGCCAUCGUCAUCAAACAGAUGUUGAACUGGAUUUUGGCCAAGCUGUUCGGUCUGCAUUGCUGUCGGUCGCGGGGCUGCCGCUCCCUCACAAGUGUGAAAGUCAAAGAACCGGCCAAUCAGCAGACCCAGAACGCGAGCGGCCAUCGCGGCGCCCGUCACGCGGUCAAGGCCCGUCUCCCCUCCGAGAGCAAGCGGAAGUGCGCCAGCACUGCAGUGGAAACCGUGUGCCAGAGCCUGGACACAGCAAAUCGUGGCCCAAGCUUUGAAAACGAAAUCAGGGAUCCGUGCAAACUUUCAAAGGAUGAUGCAGAGAAAGAAGUUUUCAGCGCUGUCAGCAAGAACCGUCACCUCAGUCAUCAUCGUAAUGCGCGGGAGGAUGUGAGAAUAGUUGCAGGUGUCAAGUCAUCAGCAGAACAGGAAAAACAUUAAUGCCAAGCAAGUUUUGUAAAACAGUAAUGCUUUUUUUUGUUCGUUUGGCCACAAUAUCCCCACAAUGCACUAUUGUUUUGAAAUGAAAUAAUCCAUCAUGACAAUGACAUUUGAAAAAGCUUCCAUUUAUUGUUAGUGUGUAAAAUAUAUUUUCUAUUUAAAA